UCGGAUCUCGGGUGAAUAUGGGGACGACCAAACGGCAGGAGACUUUCCUCUCUGUCUCUCAAUAUUUUUGGAUCAAGAAAAAAAAUAUAUAUAUACCAUCAAAAUUCUCUUGAAAAAGAGGACGAAAUUUCGAUCUCGUCUUCGCAAUGGCGGCAAUCUACAGCCUCUUUAUCAUAAACAAAUCCGGCGGGCUCAUAUUCUACAAGGAUUAUGGAUCGGCGGGGCGGAUGGACACGAAUGAUAGCUUGAGGUUGGCGAGUUUGUGGCACUCGAUGCAUGCGAUCUCGCAGCAGCUGUCGCCCACCGUGGGAUGCAACGGGAUCGAGCUUCUCCAGGCUGACACCUUCGACCUCCACUGCUUCCAAUCUCUCACUGGUACAAAAUUUUUUGUUGUUUGUGAGCCUGGCAUACAACACAUGGAAGGUUUGCUGAAAGUCAUCUACGAAUUAUACACGGAUUAUGUUUUGAAGAACCCUUUCUAUGAAAUGGAGAUGCCAAUCCGCUGCGAACUUUUUGAUCUGAACCUUUCUCAAGCAAUCCAGAAAGACCGUGUUUCACUGUUCGGGCGAUGAAAAAAGAAUUUCUGACUAUAUCGUUUAGAUAUUAGUUUCCCCCACUUUUUUCAAUUGAAUUUGUGAAUGUGGACAGUUGUAUUGUCAGUCCAUCUUGAAUGAAUCUAAGCAUUUCUUGUUUGGCAAGAAAGGUGCAUUCAAAUUUUUGAAAUGUUCAAGGUCUGGAUUGAGAUAUUUUUAUUCCCAUUCUAUCCAGCUUAUACUUUUGAACUGGGGCAUAUGUCCCUUCAUA